UUCCCAAAAAACCCUUCAGAAUUUCUGAACUUCCGUCGUCAAUCGGAGGGGGAGGGACUGUGAGAGUGCGGGAGACGAAGAUUGGGAAGCAUGAACAACAAAGGGAGACAAUUCGGAGCUCACAGCAAUCCUCCACUUUGUACCAGGUCGCAUCAGAUCGGGGCGUUGCUUCUUGUCUGCUCCACCUUCUUCCUUACCCGUGCGUACGAUCGAUUGCUCGUUUCCUCUGCUGAAAACUCGUUUGAUGUAUUCCUUCGGUCACACUAUGUUGUGGAAUCGAAUGACGAUGGAUCUGUAUCGUGGCCUGAGAGAGGGUACGGUUCUCGUCUUUCGCUCAAGAUUUAUGUCUAUGAUGAGAACGAAAUUCAGGGGCUUAAACCUUUGAUGUAUGGGAGGGACGGGAAAAUCACGGCUGCUGCUUGUUUGAAAGGCCAAUGGGGCACUCAGGUGAAAAUUCACACAUUGCUUCAACAAUCGAGAUUUCGAACAAGAAAGAAAGAAGAAGCAGAUUUUUUCUUUGUACCAGCUUAUGUUAAAUGUGUUAGGAUGCUAGGUGGUCUCAAUGACAAGGAGAUUAAUCAAGCAUAUAAGCAGGUUUUAAGUCAAAUGCCACAUUUCAGGCUCUCAGGGGGUCGUGACCACAUAUUUGUUUUCCCAAGUGGUGCAGGAGCUCACUUAUUUAAAUCUUGGGCGACAUACAUAAAUCGUUCCAUAAUUCUUACACCUGAGGGGGAUCGGACGGAUAAGAAAGACAUUAGUGCUUUCAAUACAUGGAAAGAUAUCAUCAUUCCUGGCAAUGUUGAUGAUGGGAUGACUUCAGAUGGAACUAAAAUAGUCCAGCCUUUGCCUUUAUCUAAAAGGAAGUAUUUGGCCAACUAUUUAGGACGGGAUCAAGGAAAAGUUGGUCGUCUAAAGUUGAUCGAACUUUCUAAACAAUUUCCUGAAAAGUUGGAAUCUCCAGUUUUGAAGUUCAGUGGUCCUGACAAAUUCAGAAAGCUGGAUUAUUUCGAGCACUUGCGCAACGCUAAGUUCUGUCUUGCACCACGUGGAGAGUCAUCGUGGACACUUCGUUUUUACGAGUCAUUUUUUGUGGAGUGUGUACCAGUUAUACUAUCGGAUCAGGUCGAAUUGCCUUUCCAGAACGUUAUCGACUACUCUCGGAUCUCAAUAAAAUGGCCAUCAAGUGAAAUAGGCCCUCAACUGUUAGAGUACCUAGAAACAAUUCCAGAUGCAACCAUAGAAGAGAUGAUAGCGCGAGGUCGACAAAUUAGAUGCCUAUGGGUUUAUGCCUCAGAUUCAGCACCAUGCUCUACCAUGCAGGGAAUUCUGUGGGAACUUCAGAGGAAGGUUAGGCUAUUUCACCAGUCAACUGAAACAUUUUGGUUGCACAAUGCAUCUUUUGUAAAUAGGCAGUUAGUUGAGUUCGCAAAUUGGAAGCCCCCUAUGCCCUUGCCUUGACAAAACGUUCACAAACACAAUAUGACAUCCAUUUUGCCUGCUUUUGUUCUUGUCGCCCAUUACCAUAGUCUGAAAGUUAGUAUUUUCAUACUUGGAAUGUAAAAUGAUGCUCUAUAACAUUCAGAGAAAUUCUUAUAUAGUUUAUGUAAUUCACCAUGUGAUUUU